GGUCGUUCGGUUAGCUGUAUAUAAAGCAGGGUUGAUCUAUAUAUAAGUAAUUAAUACCUGGUUUCUCCGUGACAUGUUAAAACACAAUACGUAAGAUGAACAGUCUGGUGGUAACUGUUUUCGCCGUUUUGGCGACUGUAACAAGCACCUUCGGCUCCGGAAUCGGACUGCUCCACCCUGGACCCCUGGGUCCUUCCGGAAUAGUUACAGCUGCAGGUGCAAGCGGGCCUUCAGGAAUAGUUACUGGGGCGGGAGCCGCAGGACCCUCUGGAAUUGUCACAGGCGCGGGAGCCAUCGGACCAACUGGACCUAACGGAGCUAUUUUAGCUGCCCCAGCUGCUGUCAUAGGUGCCCCUGCUGUGAUAGCUGCUGCUCCAUCACUAGUCGCGGGAUCCGCCUUAGCAACGGGCGCCGCGCUAGCCGCAGCCCAGACAUCCGCAGCCGUUCAAACCUCAGCAGCAAUUCAAGCCUCAGCAGCCAUCCAAGCUUCAGCUGCGGCCCAAGCGUCAGCCGCCGCGGAAGCCUCAGCUGCCGCGCAAGCCUCAGCCGCAGCCCAAGCGACAGCGGCUGCGCAGGCGUCCGCAGCAGCCCAAGCAUCUGCCGCAGCUCAAAUACAGGCGGCCUCCAGAAUAGCAGCGGCCAAUGAAGUUGCAGUUGCAAGUCGAGCUGCCGAAGCAGCCUACGUCGCGGAAACCAGUCGUCAGGUAGCAGUGGCACAAGUAGCAGAAGGUACAAGGCAAGGACUUGCAGCUCAGGUAGCGGAUCAAGCCGGCGCAAUUGCAGCGGCCCAAACGGCGGCGGCGGUACAAGCAACGGCUACAGCCCAAGCAAACGUGGCGGCUCAGGCAACAGCGCAGGCUCAAGCGGCAGCCGCGGCCCAGGCAAACGCAGCGGCCCAGGCAAACGCGGCGGCUCAGGCAAACGCAGCGGUUCAGGCAAACGCAGCAGCCAACGCAGCUGCCACAAACUUAGCGGCGGCCAAUAUAGCGGCGGCCGCCAAUACGGCUGCAGCCGUUAAUUUAGCAGCCUCUACUAGGAUCGUAACUCCGGUCGUAGCAGCCGGGCCCAUUAUAGCAGGGCCAGUCGCAGUGGCUGCUCCCCUCGCCAUUGGCGCUACUAUUGCUGGCCCUGCUGCGGCUACGGUGGUCUCUGGAGGUGCUCUGGGGGCGGCUACAGCGGCUGGACUUGCUAAGGCUGGCAUCAUUGCUGCUGGUGCCCGUGGACAUGGUUGGUAAUCGACUGAUCGUAGAAAAUAUUCAUAUUGUUUUUUUCUGUCUCUUAAGCGUUUAGUUAUAUUUAUGUAUAUUUAU